AUGGCUUGCUACAAUGCUUGCAUGGCCAUCAGAGGGUGGAGUGUUGGCGGUGAUCUGCUGGGGAAUUCGACUGCGGGCUUCUUGAUUGCAGCCAUGCAUGCGGACCGGGCGAGCUCCAUCGUGCCGUUCUAUGCGGGUGGGACAGCUGCCGUCUUAAUGGCUCUUAUGCUGGUGGCCCGGCUGAGGAUGGAUGCCAACCUCAUCGAGAAGUUUUCGUUAUAUAGUAGUAACAAGAAGCUUAGGACUAGAAGUUCGCUAUAA